AUGUCUGUUGACCGCUUUUCAAGAAGACUCCUUACUCUUGGAUCACCUUCAACCGUCGUGCCGAUAGAGGCAGGGGCCUCUUUAAGUUCAGGCGUGCCUUGGCAACUGCAAGAGAUCAAAGAACAAGAGGCUAUGACUAUGCCAGACGUCCCAAUUGAAGAAACCACUACAAAAGUUGAACAGUGUUACACAAUUCCCCUAUCUGAUGAGUUCGUCGCCAGUGACUCCACCUACGAAUUGCGUUUGCCAUCAACUGAGAAUCUCCUGGACGAGCAAGCCUUCGAGGAGGCGUAUGCACGAGCUGUCGACUUGGAAUCUGCCGACGCGAAUCUAACGCCAUCGAUAUAUCCACCCCCCACUGACAACCUGUGUAGUUUAGCUUCAGCCAGCAGUGGUGAAAUUGCCUCGCAUGCAAGUCUCAAAUCCGAUCCUUUCGGCUUACAGAAGCAGUCGACUACUUUACUAAGACAUCGACGUUUGGCAGGCUAUGAUGUGAUCCAAGGUCGUCCAGAAGAACUAUACAAUGUUGAGGAAAUUGAAGAGACGCUGCCAGAUGGUUCAAUCGUACGCAGACGAACUCACAAAGAAGAGAUUGCCCAAGCCAUAUCAUAUCGAGAUUGGAAAGAGGGUCUGGGAGAGGCGCUUGCUGAUGAAAAUAGCAUCAUAAAAGUAGAGACACCGGAGGAAAUUACAGAGGUAAGAGCCGAUGGCCUGAUAUUAUUAAAGUCAAAAAAUGAAUUCUGUACAAAUCAUCAAUCUUAG